AUGAAUUCUCCUGGGUUCCCGGAAGACGAAAAGUCUUCCGACUUACCAAUUCCAGAACGAAAGAGUCUCGACACACUGAAUGUUCCCCAUAUAAAUGUUCGAGAAGCUCCAAGUUCAGAAACCCUGACAGUACCCCAUGCGAACACCACCUCCCCUCCUGGGAAAGACGCAGAAUGGAGCAUGACCCCGCAGGUCAUUCGGAGCCAGGAACGUGAGGCUGCGGCAGGAUUCAAGAAGCGAGAGCUAGGUGUGACCUGGAAGAACCUCGGCGUGGAUGUCCUUGCAGCGGAGGCAGCAGUCAAUGAGAACCUAUUCUCCCAGUUCAACGUACCUCAAAGAAUCCGUGACUUCACCCGGAAACCACCCCUGAAAUCUAUAUUGACGGAAAGUCACGGCUGUGUCAAGCCAGGGGAGAUGCUCCUAGUAUUGGGACGCCCGGGUUCGGGGUGUACCACUCUUCUCAAUUUACUCUCCAAUCGCCGCCAUGGCUACCAUACCAUCAAGGGCGACGUGAGCUUUGGAAAUAUGUCCCAUGAAGAAGCAGCUCAAUAUCGGAGCCAUAUUGUGAUGAAUACAGAAGAAGAGCUAUUCUACCCCCGGUUGACCGUUGGUCAAACAAUGGACUUUGCUACUCGGCUCAAAGUUCCAUCUCAUCUUCCUGAUGGUACCGCAUCUGUGAGCGAGUAUACUGCUGAGACAAAGCAGUUCCUCAUGGAAUCUAUGGGGAUCUCACAUACCGCCGACACGAAGGUGGGAAACGAGUUUGUACGGGGCGUAUCAGGAGGAGAACGAAAGCGAGUAUCUAUCAUUGAAUGCCUGGCAACAAGGGGAUCUGUCUUUUGCUGGGACAACAGUACCCGCGGUCUCGAUGCCAGUACUGCAUUGGAGUGGGCUAAGGCUUUGCGAGCGAUGACUAACGUUCUCGGACUCUCAACCAUUGUGACCCUGUAUCAAGCGGGGAAUGGAAUCUACAACCUCUUUGAUAAGGUCUUGGUUCUGGACGAGGGGAAGCAGAUCUUCUAUGGCCCUGCAGCUGCAGCAAAACCUUUCAUGGAGAACCUGGGGUUUGUCUAUACCGACGGUGCCAAUGUUGGUGACUUCCUAACAGGUGUGACCGUGCCUACUGAGCGAAGGAUAAGGCCUGGGUAUGAAAACAGGUUUCCGCGAAAUGCCGAUGCUAUCAUGGCAGAGUAUAAGGCGUCAGCUAUUUACAGCCACAUGACAGCAGAAUACGACUAUCCCACAAGCACAGUUGCCAGGGAGCGGACGGAGGCAUUCAAGGAGUCUGUUGCCUUCGAAAAGACCACGCACCAACCACAGAAGAGUCCUUUCACCACUGGAUUUGGGACCCAAGUUCUCGCGUGUACGCGGCGCCAGUAUCAGAUUCUGUGGGGGGAGAAAUCCACAUUCUUGAUCAAACAGAUCCUGUCUCUGGUUAUGGCCUUGAUUGCCGGAUCCUGCUUUUAUAACGCUCCCCAGACAUCUGCCGGACUCUUCACAAAAGGUGGAGCAGUCUUUUUCUCCCUGUUGUACAACACGAUCGUCGCUAUGUCCGAGGUUACCGAGUCCUUUAAAGGGCGCCCUGUGCUCAUCAAGCAUAAGGGAUUUGCUUUCUACCAUCCGGCUGCCUUCUGCUUGGCGCAGAUAACAGCUGACUUUCCGGUGCUACUCUUCCAAUGCACGAUCUUCUCGGUCGUAUUAUAUUGGAUGGUCGGGCUCAAAGCAACAGCAGCGGCAUUUUUCACCUUUUGGAUCAUCCUGUUCACCACGACCUUAUGUGUUACAGCACUAUUUCGAUGCAUUGGUGCAGCCUUCAGUACCUUCGAAGCCGCUUCGAAGAUUUCGGGAACCGCUAUCAAAGGAAUCGUCAUGUAUGCUGGCUAUAUGAUCCCUAAACCAAAGGUCAAAAAUUGGUUCCUCGAGCUCUACUACACCAACCCAAUGGCUUAUGCCUUCCAAGCAGCGCUGUCGAAUGAGUUUCACGGUCAGGUUAUCCCUUGUGUCGGAAAGAAUAUUGUCCCUACCGGCCCCGGAUAUGAGGAUGUCGACUCUGCCAACAAAGCUUGUACUGGAGUAGGCGGUGCUUUGCCUGGUGCAGACUACGUGACCGGUGACCAGUAUCUCUCCUCGCUCCAUUACAAGCAUUCGCAGCUCUGGAGGAAUUUCGGGGUCGUAUGGGCGUGGUGGGGCUUCUUCGCCGUGCUCACGAUUAUUUGCACCACAUAUUGGAAAGCCGGUGCCGGGGGAAGUGCUUCAUUGUUGAUCCCCCGUGAAAACUUGAAGCAGCACCAGAAAAGCAUUGACGAGGAGUCUCAGAUUAAGGAAAAGGAGCAAACUAAAGCUGCCACUAGCGACACGACUGCGGAGGUGGAUGGCAACCUUUCCCGCAAUACUGCCGUCUUUACCUGGAAGAACCUCAAAUACACUGUCAAAACACCUUCCGGCGACCGGGUCUUGUUGGAUAAUAUCCACGGCUGGGUCAAGCCAGGUAUGCUUGGGGCGCUUAUGGGCUCUUCAGGAGCGGGCAAGACAACCUUACUUGAUGUUCUUGCACAGCGAAAGACGGAGGGCACCAUUACUGGGUCUAUCAUGGUUGAUGGCCGGCCGUUACCUGUGUCCUUUCAAAGAAUGGCUGGAUACUGCGAGCAGUUGGAUGUUCACGAACCGUUCGCUACGGUUCGGGAAUCUCUAGAAUUCUCUGCAUUAUUGCGCCAACCCCGGACAACCCCUAGAGAAGAGAAACUCAAGUAUGUUGAUACCAUCAUUGACCUGCUUGAGCUUCAUGAUCUGGCAGACACUCUUAUCGGCACAGUUGGCAAUGGCCUUAGUGUGGAACAAAGAAAACGAGUGACUAUUGGUGUGGAGCUUGUAUCCAAACCGAGCAUCUUGAUUUUCUUGGAUGAGCCUACCUCUGGGUUGGAUGGACAGUCUGCUUAUAAUACAGUGCGGUUUCUUCGCAAGUUAGCCGAUGUUGGACAGGCUGUUUUGGUGACUAUUCAUCAACCUUCUGCCCAGUUAUUUGCGCAGUUCGACACUCUUUUGCUGCUCGCACGCGGCGGCAAAACUGUGUAUUUUGGCGAUAUCGGCGAUAAUGGGCAGACAAUCAAACAUUAUUUCGGCAAAUAUGGUGCACAAUGCCCCGUUGAGGCCAACCCAGCCGAAUUCAUGAUCGACGUGGUCACCGGAGGCAUCGAGAGCGUCAAGGACAAAGACUGGCACCAGGUUUGGCUUGAGUCGCCUGAACAUCAGCAGAUGAUCACCGAGCUUGAUCACUUGAUAUCUGAGGCUGCCUCGAAGCCCUCCAGUGUAAAUGACGAUGGAUGCGAGUUCUCGAUGCCGCUCUGGGAGCAGACGAAGAUCGUUACCCACAGAAUGAACGUGGCUCUUUUCCGAAAUACCAACUACGUUAACAAUAAAUUCUCCCUGCAUAUCAUCUCCGCCCUGCUCAACGGUUUCUCAUUUUGGAGGGUCGGUCCAAGCGUGACAGCCCUGCAGUUGAAGAUGUUCACUAUUUUCAACUUUGUUUUCGUUGCACCAGGUGUUAUCAAUCAGCUCCAACCAUUGUUCAUCCAGAGACGCGAUAUCUACGAUGCACGAGAGAAGAAGUCAAAGAUGUAUUCAUGGAUCUCAUUCGUCAUUGGUCUGAUUGUAUCCGAGUUCCCGUACCUUUGUGUAUGCGCAGUCUUGUAUUUUCUUUGCUGGUACUACUGCGUACGCCUGCCUCAUGAUUCCAACAAGGCGGGUGCCACCUUCUUCAUCAUGCUCAUCUACGAGUUCAUCUACACGGGUAUUGGCCAGUUUAUUGCAGCAUACGCACCCAACCCAACAUUUGCCGCACUCGUGAACCCCAUGAUUAUCAGUGUCUUGGUGCUCUUCUGCGGCAUCUUCGUUCCAUACACGCAACUCAACGUGUUCUGGAAAUACUGGCUCUACUACCUCAACCCGUUCAACUAUGUCGUCUCGGGAAUGCUCACCUUCGAUAUGUGGGAUGCCAAGGUGACCUGUAACGAGGACGAGUUUGCGCUGUUCAACCCUACCAAUGGCACCUGCGCUGAAUACUUGAAGGACUACAUCGCGGGUCAGGGCUGGCGUGUCAAUUUGACCAACCCGGAUGCUACUUCGACUUGCAGGGUGUGUGAAUACCGCCGUGGAAGUGACUUCUUGACCACACUAAAUAUCAACCACUACUUUUACGGAUGGCGGGACGCGGGAAUCUCGGUCAUUUUUGCAAUUAGUGGCUAUGCGUUGGUGUUUGCAUUGAUGAAGCUCCGGACGAAGGCUUCGAAGAAGGCGGAGUAGAGGAAAGCCAUAGACUCUCUGCUUGUCGUGGUGCAGUGGUGUGUUGUGUGGCAUGAGAGCGAGGGGUUGUAAGUGCAUAUGAGAUGAGUGUGUCAGAUGAGUGUGUUGAUUUGUUGAAGUUUUCAGGCCAGUACCCUGGCCCAGGGAAUGACUGUACAGUUGUUGCAUAUAUAGUGUAUAGAGAGAUAGACUGGAAAUAGAGAUAGACUAAUCAUAUAGAGUAUAGAAAAUAAAAGCAUCUUUGCUCAAACAAAGCUGUACACAGCAGGAUACCACUUUCAAAUGCAGACACAGAAUAACAG